AUGUUCCUGCUAGUGGUCGUUCUCUGCGCUGCGUUGGUUGCCGGCGACAUGUGCUGCGGCACGUGCCUCAAUGGCGUCACCAACUUUGCCGUCGAUGCGAUGCAGUACCCUGCGUGCGAGGCCAUUCAGUACUGCUGCUUCAACUGCGGCAAGACGCCACUGGGCGCGCCGACGAUCCUGCCGACGGCCGGCGUCACGUUCGACGGCACCGCGAUCGGGGCGACGACCGGCCAGCCGCUCCAGAUCCAAUGGGCUAGCGCAGCGACCGUCACGUAUGUGUCUUUUGCACCCAACCAAGCCAAGACGGGCCUCGCGCUCUCGACGUCACCAGCCGCGACCAAGUCGGGGACCAACACCUUUAGCAUCUGCCCGCAGUUCCCGGGCACGCUCUACUUUCGCGGGUUUGGCGCCGACAUUUGCAACUCCGUGUCGACCGAGAUCAAGGUCACGGUGACGGGGGCGUCUGGCGCCGUGUGCUCGACGCCAUCAUCCCCAGCCACAACGCCAUCACCUGGCACGACGCAGUCGCCGACGUCCAGCGGCAGCACGAGUAGCACCUUGACCCCUGGACCGUCCAGCAGCACCGCGUCGCCCCGUGACAACGUGACGUGCAAUGCGAUUCGCGGUGUCGUCGUUGACGGGCAGUGCCAAUGCGUGUCGGACUGGUCGGGUCCGCCCGACUGUUCUGGCACGCCGCUGUGGAAGACGCUCAUCACCAUCGCUGGCGGGCUUGCGGCGGCGCUCUCGAUUGUGAUCUCGAUCCGCCACUUUCUCAUCAUGCGCAAGACGCGGGCCUCCGCACGUCUCUCGACCGCCGCCGACGACAGCAAACACAUUGAGAUGGAGGUCAUGCAAAUGUCACCCAAGCGUCAGCUGUCACUGGGCGACGCCGCGUUUGACGGCCAUGCGAGUCCGUCGUCGUCGCCCAAGACCAAGGAAGUGAGCCUCUAA